GUUGCUCCUCCAAACCAGAGGCCAACCUACCGACUUAAAUCGCCUCGAACAUCCAACGAAGGCCGCCACAUUUAAAGGCUUUCCUCACCACCAAAAUUCUUCUUUCUCCCAAACGUCCUCCCCCAUCAAACUUUCAUCCGCUGCGUUGUGUGAGACAAACUUCUUCUCGCAACACUCUCAGCACACCUUUCUUGACCCCUCCAUCUCCGCACUUCACACAUCCGAGCGACAAGAUGGCUCCCGAGCCUGAUCAUCACGAGCAAAAGAAGAAGGUCAACUUGACCGAUGCGUCCGGUGCCGAACGCAAGGAUGAGGAUGACACGGCUACUGCCAUCCUAAAAAAAAAGAAGAAGCCUAACCAAUUAAUGGUCACCGACGCUGUUAACGAUGACAAUUCCAUCAUCGCACUGUCGAAUAAUACCAUGGAGGCGCUCCAACUGUUCCGUGGCGACACGGUGCUGGUUCGGGGAAAGAAGAGAAAAGACACGGUUCUGAUCGUUUUGGCGGACGAUGAUUUGGAUGACGGCAGCGCCCGCAUCAACCGGGUCGUCCGCCAUAACCUGCGGGUGAAGCACGGCGACAUCAUCACUAUUCAUCCGUGCCCGGACAUCAAAUAUGCCAAGCGUAUUGCGGUUUUGCCUAUCGCCGAUACCGUCGAGGGCCUCACCGGGUCCCUUUUCGACGUUUUCCUUGCUCCCUAUUUCCGGGAGGCCUACCGGCCCGUUAGGCAAGGCGAUCUCUUCAUCGUGCGUGGCGGCAUGAGACAAGUGGAGUUCAAGGUCGUCGAAGUCGACCCGCCCGAAUAUGGUAUCGUGGCCCAGGACACGGUUAUCCAUUGCGAGGGAGAGCCCAUUCAGCGUGAAGAAGAGGAGAACAAUUUGAACGAGGUCGGAUACGACGACAUCGGCGGCUGCCGUAAGCAAAUGGCUCAGAUCCGCGAAAUGGUCGAGUUGCCGUUGCGGCAUCCGCAGCUUUUCAAGUCUAUCGGCAUCAAGCCUCCUCGGGGUGUACUCCUCUACGGCCCCCCGGGUACGGGUAAGACGUUGAUGGCUCGCGCCGUCGCCAACGAGACGGGCGCGUUCUUCUUUCUGAUCAACGGUCCGGAAAUCAUGUCCAAGAUGGCGGGUGAAUCGGAGUCGAACUUGAGAAAGGCUUUCGAGGAGGCCGAGAAGAACUCCCCGGCCAUCAUCUUCAUUGAUGAGAUUGAUUCAAUCGCUCCCAAGCGUGAGAAGACGAACGGCGAGGUCGAGCGACGUGUUGUGUCUCAACUCCUCACGUUGAUGGACGGCAUGAAGGCGCGGUCCAACGUUGUGGUCAUGGCAGCGACCAAUCGGCCCAACUCCAUUGACCCUGCUCUGCGGCGUUUUGGCCGCUUCGAUCGUGAAGUUGACAUCGGCAUCCCCGACCCGACCGGGCGUCUAGAGAUUCUUCAGAUCCACACCAAGAACAUGAAGCUGGGAGAUGACGUCGAUCUUGAGCAGAUCGCGGCCGAGACACACGGCUAUGUUGGUUCCGAUAUCGCCGCUCUUUGCUCUGAGGCCGCGAUGCAGCAGAUCCGCGAAAAGAUGGAUCUCAUCGACCUUGAUGAAGAUACGAUCGAUGCUGAAGUCCUGGAUUCGCUCGGCGUCACCAUGGACAACUUCCGGUUCGCCCUGGGCGUGUCCAAUCCGUCGGCUCUGCGCGAAGUCGCCGUUGUCGAGACUCCCAACGUCCGCUGGGAAGACAUUGGCGGUCUCGAGACCGUCAAGCAGGAGCUCAAAGAGAGCGUCCAGUACCCCGUCGACCACCCGGAGAAGUUCCUCAAGUUCGGUCUCUCGCCGUCUCGCGGUGUCCUGUUCUAUGGCCCGCCCGGUACGGGUAAGACUAUGUUGGCCAAGGCUGUCGCCAACGAGUGCUCGGCGAACUUCAUCUCUGUCAAGGGUCCCGAGCUGCUUUCCAUGUGGUUCGGCGAGUCGGAGAGCAACAUCCGUGACAUCUUCGACAAGGCUCGUGCGGCUGCGCCUUGCGUCGUAUUCCUUGAUGAACUGGAUUCCAUUGCUAAGGCUCGUGGUGGCUCUGUUGGCGAUGCUGGCGGUGCGUCCGACCGUGUUGUCAAUCAGCUCCUGACAGAAAUGGAUGGCAUGACCUCGAAGAAGAACGUCUUCGUCAUCGGCGCUACCAACCGACCGGAGCAGCUUGACCCUGCGCUGUGCCGUCCCGGCCGUUUGGAUUCGCUCAUCUAUGUGCCUCUGCCCGAUGAGCCUGGCCGCUUGGGCAUUCUCAAGGCGCAGCUGCGCAAGACCCCUGUGGCUGCCGAUGUUGAUCUGCAGUACAUCGCUUCUAAGACUCACGGCUUCUCUGGUGCCGAUCUGGGUUUCAUCACACAGCGUGCCGUCAAGCUGGCUAUCAAGGAGUCCAUCACCGCGGAGAUCCAACGGACCAAGGAGCGUGAGGCUGCCGGCGAGGAUGUCGAGAUGGAGGACGAGGAGGAUCCCGUUCCCGAGCUCACCAAACGGCACUUCGAGGAGGCCAUGCAGAUGGCUCGCCGCUCCGUCAGCGACGUUGAGAUCCGGCGGUACGAGGCGUUCGCUCAGCAGAUGAAGAACGCCGGUCCUGGUGCCUACUUUAAGUUCCCCGAAGGCGGCGCCGGGGGCUCAAGCAACAACGGCGGUGCGGCCAACUCGUUCGGCGAUGCCGGUAACGACGACGGCCUCUACGACUAAGCAGCGCACAGUCGCCUGCGCAGUCCGGAUAGGCGUGCUUGGCGCUAUCGGAAGGAGGUUCUGACAUCUUUGUGUAUUUUAAGUUUUUCCUUGAUAAUCAUGAAAUCAUGAUUUCACGUGAUUGAUCGCCUGCAGAGAACCGGGGACAACACCACUGGCUACAGCUAAAGCUAGCUACCUUACUUCGCCUGUCUUUCCUGGCUAGAUGGAUGGAAUCGAUUGCUCUGCUGGGCCUGGGAGGCGGAGUUCGGUACUACCUUAGAAGGAGGUCCGUAGAUCAUGGGAAGACAGGUUCGUUCAGGUAGUGCACUCAAGGCAGUUUAUAGAUUGGGACCUAUCACUAUCCCCGUUUUGACCUC